AUGCGAGGGCGCAUCACCAUCUACUGCAUUGCCGAGUCCCUGGACAGGAAGUCGCUGGAGCUGCGGCUGAGGGAGCGUGGGGGUGUGGCUCUGCUGCACACCUUUCCAGACGUCUUAUAUGGCCAGUAUGAGGACUAUGAGGGCGACGAACUGGUGACGGGCGACGUCUUCUACUUUGACUACGGCGUCAUCGUCUGCUGGGGCCUGUCCCAGGCUGCGGAGAGGGAUGUGAUUCGGAGCUUGGCCGGGCCAGCCCUGGUCGACCCCCUGUCCACCCAGGAGAUCGAGGUUGAUGAGUUCAACUUUCAUUACACCGUGCACGAGAAGCCCCACAUCCAGAACGACACCUUCACGAUCAACUACCGCCUGGCUAAAGACCACCUGCUGAAGCUGUCCAUCAGCCACGCGCUGGCGCAGUCCACCAAGCUCACCGUGUACGAGGAGCGGGUGGUGGAGAUCGUGGAGUCCACCCGCGAGCUGCCCGUCAUCCUGGCCACCACGGGGUCGGUGCGGCUAGGCCGGCGCGAGAUCGCACAGCUCAUUGGCCGCGUGUUCCUGCAGAAGAGCGCGGUCAACCUGCUGUCCACCGUCUUGGACACGCCCGAGUUCUUCUGGUCCGCGCCCGAUGCCAUGCAGUCGCUGUACAAGCGCGUGUGCGACUACGUCGAGUACGACGCGCGGGUGGAGGUGCUGAACGCGCGCUUCCAGGUGCUGCAGGAGAUGCUGGACAUGCUGCGGGACCAUCAGAACAACGGCCACGGCGCGCGCCUGGAGUGGAUCGUCAUCUGGCUCAUCGUGGUGGAGGUGGUGGUGGGCCUGUUCGAGUGCGCCUCCAUCCUGGGAUGGGUGGGGUGA